AUGGAGACGACCAAGUUGUUCCAACCCCUGAGCUUGGGGAGACUUGAGCUCAAGCACCGUGUCGUUAUGGCACCACUUACACGCCUUCGAUGCGACAAAGACCAUGUAAUUCUGCCCAUCGCUAAGGAAUACUAUGCUCAACGCGCUUCUGCCCCGGGCACUCUUAUCAUUGCCGAGGCGACGAUGCCUUCGCUGAAGCACGGCUUCGGUGAUCACACCCCGGGAAUCUGGUCGGAUGCACAAAUCAAGAGCUGGAAGGAGAUUACGGAUACUGUACACGACAAGGGCUGCUUCAUGUAUUUGCAGAUUUGCCUACCCGGUCGCGCCGCGGCAGAGGGGUAUGAGUGCCUCAGUUCGAGCGCGGUCCCGAUCGACGCGCAGAGCCGCGUGCCCAAGGAAAUGAACGAGGAGGAGAUCCAAGAGGCCAUUGACAUCACUGUUAAGGCCGCAAAAAAUGCCCUUGUGGCCGGCUUCGAUGGAGUCGAGCUUCACGGCGCCAACGGAUACUUGAUCGACCAGUUUAUUCAAGACAAUUGCAACCAGCGCACGGACAAAUGGGGAGGCUCUGUUGAAAACAGAUCCAGGUUCGCCUUGGAACUAGUGGCUGCCGUGGCCGAAGCCAUCGGAUCUGAUCGUCUUGGCCUGCGCCUCAGCCCAUGGAGCGAAUUCCAAUCAAUGAAGAUGAAGGAGCCUGUGCCGCAGUUCUCCCACUUGGUCCGGGAGUUGAAGAAGUACAAGCUGGCCUACCUUCACCUUAUCGAGUCGCGCGUCAACAAUUGGGCGGACAAGGAAAAGACAGAGGGGAUUGACUUCCUCAUCGACAUCUGGGACAACCAGUCACCAGUGCUCGUUGCGGGAGGCUUCAAGUUGGAUUCGGCAAAGACCGCGGUUGACAGCGAGUACGCAAAGUAUGACACCGCUGUCGUCUUUGGUCGCUACUACCUGUCGACACCCGACCUUGUCUUCCGUCUGCAGCAUGGUCUGGAGCCCAACCAGUAUGACCGCAACACUUUCUACACGCCUGUGCAACCCGAAGGCUACUUAGACUACCCAUUCAGCAAGGAGUAUGAGAGCGCCGCCAAGGGCCAGGCAUAA